AUGGCAGUUGCAAUGACUCCGACAAGUUGUUCUGUGACUUGUGAAAACUGGCAAACAGAAAAAAGAACCAUUCGAGAAAGAACAACGCUUAUGAUAAACAAUUCUUUCAUGAGUCAUGCCAAGUGCGAAAUUGACGAUUCAAACUCAACAAAAAACAUAAAGGGUCUUCAAACGAUCUACGCUCACAAGUUUCUGCUGUCGCUUUCCAGCCCUCUUUUUCACGCCAUGUUUACGGUAACAUAGCUGACCCUAGAAACGAGAUUCCACUCUCUGAUUGCGAUCCUCACAGUUUCCUCUAGUCCCUUCGGUAUUUAUACUCGAAUGAAAUCCACUUGACCUUUGGAAACGUAUUCGAGGUGUUGUAUUUGGCGAAAAAAUACAUUGUGCCCUUUCUGGCAGAACAGUGUUGUCGUUUCAGGCAGAGCUAAGAGAAAGUAAUGUUUUCAAGAUUUUGGAGCACGCCAAGUUAUUCAGUGAAUCCAGUCGAGAGCAACAGUGCUGGAAGCUGUUGGAGAGGAAGACAAGUGCUUGCCUUCAGAGCGAGGGUUUGCUGUGGAUAAGCCUCGACACUUUGUCGUCUCCUCUUAAGAGAGAUGCUCUUACUUUAGUAGACGGGGAAUGCGCUGUUUUCAAGACAGCAAGAAGAUGGGCGGCUGCCAAUUGUAAAGCACGGGGUUUGGAACCAAUAGGAGAAAACAUGAGGAAGGUUUUAAAGGAUGCUAUUUACUUUAUUCGUUUUCCUUUGAUGCCACCUCGCCUGUUUAACGAAAAUCGUGGUACCUACGGGAAUUCUAACUGAGAGAGAAACCUCACAAAUGUAUCUUUUCCACAAACAUAGAACCAUGCCUUAUCCUGAAAUGAGGUUUUCAUGCAUUCCACGAGGACCGCUCCUUCAAUCGCAAAGAUCAGGCAUCGAGUUGUCACGUUGCUAUCGAUACAGAGAAAAUAAGACGCUUCCUAGUUCAGAGAAUUUCGUUUCCGUCUCCGAAAGCAUUAAGUUCUCUACAAGUGAAGAAGACUACUUUGCAGGAGUUCGUCUUUUUGCCCAAAAAGAAGACAGGAAAGACUUCUCAGUGCAGGUCAGAAUAUCAAGGAAUCAUAAAAUGAAAGAGGAAGUAUGUAGUGUGCGUGGAACGUUAGUAGUUAUAUAGGUCUAGCUAGGUCUAGUCAAUGACGUCACCCAUUCUUAUAACCUACAUACUAAUUUGGAUUAGGUUUACUAAUGAGCGUCACUCUACUACAAUAGGAACAAUAGGCUUGUCUAGACUUGCCCGGGCUCUUUUAACCCUGAUUGGAUAGUAAACAAUCUAUUAUGUGUUUAACAUAAAAGCGCGCUCUCCGUUCAGCAUUUUAUUCUUGCAAUCGCUUUGCUAAGGAAAAAGUCUUACUAUCACCAAUAUUCUUUAAACGUUGCUCCAAACAUGCAAGUCGAAUCGAACUGUAAACUCUUUAUUUCAAGUUUGUCUGACUAUUACAGAACCGUUUUCUCCUUUCUAUCUCGAGGAAAUGAAAGUCUUGUCAUUUUCACGCACG